AUUGUAUGUCGACUGUGUUAUAAAGAAAUUUAUUUCUUUAAUUCCUGACAAAUCUUGAAUAUCGUGUUAUUUACAUUUUUCACUGUGUGAAACUAACAAAUCAUUACCGUUAAGUUGCAUUUAGUAAAUGAAAUUAACGUACUACAGUCGAACGCUUCACAUAAAGGAGAUCAACUGCAACAAGAAAAGAGAAAUCAGUUUAAGGGAAACUCUGCAGUAAAAUAAUUAACUUCCACAGCGUUGUCAUUAUUAUUUUAAUACAACAUAACCAGGACGAUAAAGUUUGAUAUCAAGCACAUAGUAUAUUUACUUUAGCUGAAAGCAAUUUAGAAGGAAACGAAUUUUAAAAAUUUGGUAAAAAUAUUUCACAUCGGAGCAACUAAUUAAAAAUGGCUGCAGUCAAUGACUGUUUUACAAUUGGAUCCACAGUGUUGUGCACUACUUGUUUUAACGAGGAAGUAGAGGGUGAAGUGCUUGCUUUCGACCAUAACACAAAAAUGCUUAUUUUAAAAUGCCGUUCAAAGAACUCUGAAUCAUUAAAUGAUGUUUAUGUGCUGAAUCUGUCCCUAUGCAGCAAUGUUCAAGUGGUAAAAGAAUGUAAUGGUAACUUUGUUGACGAUCCUCAAAAACUAAAUCUCGAACAGCUUAAAAUUAGACUACGCAAAACAGUACAGCAUAGACAAACUUAUUUAAAAUCAAAAAAUGCAGAUGUCAGUCCCGAAGUUCAGGAACUAUACCGAGUAAUCGCAAAACAGUUCAGAGCCAAUGAAGUUUCAUGGCAAGGACAGAAUAUACAAAUAUUUAACGAGGUUACUAUCUUGCCACCAUAUAGAGUAGACAACGUUGUGUCAUCUUCUAAUAAUCAAAGUUUAUGCAAAUACAUAAAGAAAAUGAUCGAACAAUUUAUUAACACAAGAGCUUCGCAGGACGCCUCAUCGUCAUCAUCGAGUAAUGCGAACACAAGUUCUCCUGUUUCGGCUAAUUAAUAAAUAUCUUUCGAAGUUGAAA